GGCAAAAAUAAUACAAACUCAAAAUUCUUGUGUCAUAAAAUCGUUUGUCAAACAUUUUUGACGUACGAUUUAGGAAAAGUCACAAGUUUUAACGUUUCCUUGAAAAAUUUUCUCAAGUCCGAAAUUCUAACAUGUCCGAUUAUUACAAGGUUUUGAAAGUACCGAGAAACGCGUCUACCGACGAAAUAAAAAAAGCGUACAAAAAACUCGCUCUGAAAUGGCAUCCAGACAAAAACCCCGAUAAUAAAGAAGAAGCCACGAGACGAUUUCGAGAAAUAUCCGAAGCUUACGAAGUCUUAUCGGAUGCUAAAAAAAGAAAAACUUACGAUAAAUACGGAUCGGUGAAUCCGGGUAGAAAUUCAUCACAGAAUUAUGAGGAUUUAUUCGAUUUCGGUGGAUCUUUCCACUUUACUUUCAGGGACCCAGAAGAGGUGUUUAGGGAAUUUUUCGGUACGAGCAUGUUCGAAUUUUUGAACGACGAUUUCCCACAUCGCAGAAACAAGCACCGUUCGUCGUCGGGACAUAGUAAUAACAUGUCGUUAUUCGGUCCGAUGGGAGGGGGAUUUUUAGAUGGUUUUUUAUCUGGACACAAAGAUUUCGGAUCUGUUUUCAGUAGCGUGGAAAGUUCGUUCAGCGCUUCAAGCUCACCGAAUGGUUCGUAUACGAGGAAAGUGGCGACGGCUACUAAAGUCGUAAACGGCAAAAAAAUAACGACGAAAAAAAUUUCUGAAAACGGCAAGGAAACGGUGAUGAAAUACGAAAAUGACGUUCUAACCUCGAAAACUAUCAACGGAAUUCCUCAGAAUAUUAAACACGUGGAAUAUAAGAAUUAGGAUAAUUUAUAUAUUGAAAUUGUGAAUUACGAUUCUUUAAAAGUUAUUAAAAUAUACAAAUAUAA